AGCGUUAGAUGGCGGUAACAUUUUCCCGCGGAAUUUGUGUGUUGCGUAUGUGCGGUGCCUAAUAAUCAAUCACGGUGAAUAGCAGUCAUUUCAGCCAAUACUGUUGAUAAAUAUAGUUUUUUUAAUUCAAAAUGGCAAUGGAAGAGGCGGAUGUUGAUCAGAGACUGAGAGGCUAUCAGAGAGAAUACCUAGACUUUCUCGACGACGAGGAGGACCAAGGACGUUAUUCAAAAUUAGUUAAGGAUAUGGUCGCUGAUAAACGGAGACGGUUGGUUGUUAAUAUAAAUGAUUUGCGGAGGAAGAAUCCGUUGAGGGCAGCAAGCUUACUGAACAACCCAUUCGAAGAACAAAUAGCAUUCCAGGCAGCAUUGAAGGAGUAUGUUGGAAGCAUUGAUCCAACAUAUGCAAAAGAAGUUGAUGAUUUUUUUGUUGCAUUUGAAGGCAGUUUUGGCAGCAAGCAUGUGACGCCACGAACACUACUUAGCAGGUUCCUUGGUAAUUUGGUGUGUGUUGAAGGCAUUGUGACAAAAUGUUCGCUGGUCCGACCCAAAGUUGUUCGGAGUGUGCAUUAUUGCCCAGUUACAAAAAAGACCUUGGAAAGAAGAUAUACUGACCUGACAUCUUUCGAUGCAUUUCCAUCAAGUGCUGUUUAUCCGACAAAGGAUGAAGAUGGAAAUCCACUGGAAACAGAGUAUGGUCUUUCAGUUUACAAGGAUCACCAAACAUUAACAAUUCAAGAGAUGCCAGAGAAAGCUCCUGCAGGUCAGCUGCCAAGAUCUGUGGAUGUCAUUUGUGAUAAUGACCUCGUGGACAUUUGUAAGCCAGGAGACAGAGUACAGAUAGUAGGAAAUUAUCGUUGUUUACCAAGCAAACAGGGUGGUUUCUCUAACUGCACAUUCAGGACAAUUUUGAUUGCUAACAACAUUUCACCAUUGAGCAAAGAGAACACACUUGCCUUGUCACGAGGUGAUGUGGCCAAAUGUAGAAAGCUUGUAAAUGCAAAGAGCACUGGUGAUAUUUUUGAACUACUUAGCAAAUCUCUGGCACCAUCAAUUCAUGGACAUGAAUAUAUUAAGAAAGCAAUUUUGUGUAUGCUGUUGGGAGGUGUAGAAAAAGUAUUACCUAAUGGAACAAGGCUGAGAGGAGACAUAAAUGUUCUUCUUAUUGGAGAUCCCAGUGUUGCAAAAUCUCAGUUACUCAGAUAUGUGCUAGCUACAGCUCCCAGAGCUAUACCGACGACAGGACGAGGCUCAACAGGAGUUGGUCUAACGGCUGCCGUCACCACAGAUCAGGAGACUGGUGAGAGAAGGUUAGAAGCUGGUGCUAUGGUUUUGGCUGAUCGUGGGGUUGUCUGUAUUGAUGAAUUUGACAAGAUGUCAGACAUAGAUCGUACAGCUAUUCAUGAAGUCAUGGAACAAGGAAGAGUCACUAUUGCGAAAGCUGGAAUACAGGCUCGUUUGAAUGCUCGUUGCUCUGUGCUUGCAGCAGCAAAUCCGGUUUACGGAAGGUAUGACCAGUACAAAACUCCAAUGGAGAAUAUUGGUCUUCAAGAUUCUCUUCUUUCACGUUUUGACUUGCUAUUUGUAAUGCUUGAUCUUGUGGAUGGAGAGCAGGACAACAGGAUAUCUGAUCAUGUAGUACGCAUGCACAGAUACAGGAACCCAGGAGAACAGGAUGGGGCGGUGUUGCCAAUGGGUUCAGCAGCUGACUUACUUGCUACCAACAAUCCAGAUGUGGAAGAGGAGGAUGAUAGUAAUGCACCAAUCUAUGAAAAAUAUGAUGCACUUCUACAUGGAAACACAAGAUCACGAAAGGACAAAAUUAUUAGUGUGAAAUUUAUGCGUAAAUAUAUACAUAUUGCAAAGAUGAUGAAGCCUACCCUAACAGAAGAGGCUUCAAAUGUAAUCUGUGAGGAAUAUUCAAAGCUUCGCUCUCAGGACAGUGUAGAAAAUGAUGUUGCCCGAACACAACCUGUGACAGCUCGUACAUUAGAAACUUUAAUACGUCUUUCAACAGCUCAUGCAAAGGCCCGGCUCUCACGAACAGUGGACGUUGAAGAUGCUCAAGCAGCCAUUGAGUUAGUGCAGUUUGCAUAUUUUAAGAAGGUCCUCGAGAAGGAGAAGAAGAGGCGGCGACAGAGUGAAGAUGGGGAUGCAUCAGCUGAUGAAAGUAGUGACGACAGGCCUAGGAAAAAAACACGCAAGGAGAAGAGUAAGAGACCCACGCCAAAGUCUGGGGAAGAGGGCCAUGACGUAUAUGAUGAUGUGACAGAUUCUGGAGAAGACGGUGAAGAAGAUGAAAGUGAAGCAGUGCAUCUGACAGAGCCAGGAAAUGCAGAAGAUAAAUCAGCACCACCAACUUCUUCUGCACCCAAGUCUCCUUCGAGAGGGGCAACUACUAUAUCUGAUGAGAGGUUCAAAUGUUUCAAAGCGAGCUUGGCAAAGGUGUUUCGAGAAGCUCGGACACAUUCAUUAUCGGUGGCCAGAGUGACGGAGUUUGCGAACAGUGAGCAGAGCACACCAUAUUCUCAAGAAGAAAUUAGUGCAGCAAUGGAUAAACUCUCAGAAGCAAACCAUAUUAUGGUUGCAGAUGACUUGGUACUUCUUAUCUAGAGAAAAUAAAAACAACAAUUUUAGUUCUGAACUGAGAGAUUGUGCACACACACACGCACGUGUG